AUGGCGGCGGGCUCGGAUCUGCUGGAUGAGGUUUUCCUGAACGCUGAGGUGGACGAGAAGGUGGUGAGCGACCUGGUCGGCUCCCUGGAGUCCCAGCUGGCCGCCUCCGGCCACCACCACCCCCACCACAACGCCCAGGAGCCCCUCAGGGCCGCGGGGGGGCUGCUGGGCAACCAUGUUGUGAGCAGCGGCGGCAGCAGCAGCAGCAGCCCGAGCCCGAGCCCGGGAGGAGGAGCGGUGGGAGGCAAUGCCAAUGCCCAGACCGAGAGCCCCGCCGGCGGCGCCACGGCCGGCGGCACCCCCGCCAAGAUGGGACUUGGCGGCCCCGAGAUCACCAAGCCAGGAGCUGGCGGCGUGCAAGGGAGUGUCAUCAAUCAUAACGCCAGGUCCCAGGGCUCCGGUCUGGAUGGGGCCACCACCACCAACGCCGGCACUGCUGCAGGAGUCCAAGGUGGAUCUGAAGCUGCUGUCGCCCCAGGGACCCUCAGCCAGGGCAAAUCGGUGGUAAUCAGUACCAUGGCGACAGCCUUGUCUACCAGGAAUGGGAAAAUCGGGACCACGGCGGUGCAGACUUUGAAUGGGAGUAACGUGGUGAUGAAUUCUCACCAUUCGGGGGGUGCUUCUUUCCCAGCAACCCCUGUAACAGCUAACCCUGCUGUCACCCCCGCUGUCACCCCUCUUGUCAACAACGGACCAGGAAAUGUGGGGAAGGUAAACACCGUUAAUGCCGUUUUGCCAUCCGCUUCUAAUACCGUCAUCCAGACUUCUUUCCUUGGCGCUGGGGUGUCCUCUGCCUCUUCCCCUUCCCCUACAGUGAUCUCCUCACAACAGCCCCCAAGCAUUGGGACUGGGGGGCCAACGGUGGCGUUGGUGAGGCCACCCAUUCAUCCAGCAGGACCUUCAGUGGCUGCAGCCACCCAGAACGGGAGCAAUACUGUGAUCAAUUCAACCAUCAGUGUAGGAAACUUCCCUGCUGCGGCUGUUGCUGCCGCCACCGUUGGGUCUGGUGUUUCCCUCCAGACAUCUCUCGUGAACAGCCAGCCUGGUUCUAGUGUGCCGGCUGCACCUGCCGCACAGGUCAUCAAAUCGGAGUCUCCUAAAACCAUCGUGCAGGCAGUAACCCAACAUCAGACUCUGGCUGCUGGUGGCCAACCCAGUACUACAGGGGGUAAUAUGAUAAUUGGGCAAACUAUGCAAGCUGGGCUGCCCAACGUAGCUCCUAAUCCUGGUGGGGUACCUCCUGCACCUCCAGGUACCCCCACUGGCCUGGCUAAGGGCACUGCCAAUACAGUGGCACAGAGCCUGCCAAGGACUCCAGCAGCAACUACAAGUGGAAUCAGAGCAACUUUGACUCCCACUGUUUUAGCACCUCGUCUGCCUCAGCCUCCUCAGAAUCCAACAAAUAUCCAGAACUUUCAGUUGCCACCAGGCAUGGUCCUCGUGCGUAGCGAGAACGGCCAGUUACUGAUGAUCCCUCAACAUACUUUGGCACAAAUGCAGGCGCAUGCGCAGUCCCAGCCUCAAACUACCAUGACUCCUCGCCCUGCCACGCCUACCAGUGCUUCUUCGGUCCAGAUCUCGACUGUGCAGGUCAGUUCACUGAGAAAUGCUCCUGGAACACCUAUCAUUGCACGGCAGGUGGCCCCGACCACUAUAAUCAAGCAAGUUUCACAGGCGCAGACAACAGUGCAACCCACGACGACGCUACAGCGGCCGCCUGUAGUUCAGCCUCAGAUUGUUCUGGGUAGUACAGCGCAGACGUCGGCGUUGGGGACAGCGGCUGCUGUGCAGACUGGAACGGCUCAGAGGACGGUGCAAGCAGCCACGGCGGCUUCAACUGUGGCCACAGAAACUAUGGAAAAUGUGAAGAAAUGCAAGAAUUUUCUCUCUACACUAAUAAAACUGGCCUCUUCUGGAAAGCAGUCGACAGAGACUGCCGCUAAUGUGAAAGAACUAGUCCAGAACCUGCUGGACGGCAAACUUGAAGCUGAAGAUUUCACCAGCAGGCUGUACCGGGAACUUAAUUCUUCACCUCAACCCUACCUUGUGCCUUUCUUGAAGCGGAGCUUACCUGCCUUGAGACAACUGACUCCGGACUCAGCGGCGUUCAUUCAGCAAAGCCAGCAGCAGCAGCCGCCCACGACGCAGGCCACGACCACUCUUACGGCUGUGAUGCUGAACAGCCCCAUUCAGCGCACAGCAGGGAAGACCACUGCCACCGUCACGAGCACCUUGCAGCAGCCAGUCAUCAGCCUGACGCAGCCGACGCAAGUUGGGGUUGGCAAACAAGGGCAGCCCACGCAGGUGGUAAUCCAGCAGUCUCAAAAACCGGGCACGUUGAUUAGGCCUCCGCAAGUGACGUUGACACAGACCCCGAUGGUGGCACUGCGGCCACCACACAACCGUAUUAUGCUUACCGCUCCUCAACAAAUACAGCUGAACCCACUUCAGACAGUCCCUGUAGUAAAACAAACAGUAUUACCUGGAACCAAAGCUCUUUCUACUCUUUCAACACAAGCAGCAGCUGCUCAAAAAAAUAAACUCAAAGAACCCGGGGGAGGCUCUUUUAGGGAUGAUGACGAUAUUAACGAUGUUGCAUCGAUGGCGGGAGUCAACCUAUCAGAAGAGAGCGCACGUAUAUUGGCUACGAAUUCUGAGUUGGUGGGCACGUUAACAAGGUCGUGUAAAGACGAGACCUUUCUCCUCCCGGCACUUUUGCAAAGAAGGAUACUAGAAAUAGGUAAAAAGCAUGGAAUAACGGAAAUCCACCCUGAUGUAGUUAGCUAUGUAUCGCAUGCCACGCAACAAAGGUUACAAAACUUGGUUGAGAAGGUAUCAGAGACUGCCCAGCAAAAGAAUAUAUCUUACAAGGACGAUGAAAGAUACGAGCAAGCAAGUGAUGUUAGGGCGCAGCUCAAGUUCUUUGAACAGCUUGAUCAAAUAGAAAAACAGCGGAAGGAUGAACAAGAAAGGGAAAUUUUAAUGCGCGCGGCAAAGUCUCGAUCUAGACAAGAAGAUCCAGAACAGCUUAGGUUGAAACAAAAGGCCAAGGAGAUGCAGCAACAAGAACUAGCACAGAUGAGACAGAGGGAAGCCAACCAAACUGCUUUGGCGGCAAUCGGCCCCAGAAAGAAGAGGAAAGUUGACUCUCCAGGUGCUGGACCAGGGACGGAGGGAUCCAGUGCGAGCGUGGCAGUCCCAGGAGGCUCGGGAGUGGGAACGACCAGGCAGUUUACACGGCAAAGGAUAACGCGGGUGAACCUCAGGGACCUCAUAUUUUGUUUAGAAAACGAGCGAGAGACAAGCCAUUCACUAUUGCUAUACAAAGCAUUCCUUAAGUAAAAGUGGAGAAGAUCAAGGUAUUUUUGACUGAGAAGACACCUGGGGACACUUUUUUUUAUAUAUAUUUGCAGAUGACGCCUUUUUGUAACGAGCGUAUGGGAUAUUGUUUGGAAACAACAACAACAACCCCAUCAACAACCAUCCUGAGACAACCACCUCUUUACAAGGAAUCGUUUUCUAUUCCCAUUUAUUAUAAACUCUUUGGUGUAAGAGCAAUCCCUUUCUUUGACAGCGAGGAGACAUGUAAAGGCCUGAGGAGACGAUAGGAAGACGAUUUAAAGUUUAACUCAUCUCUUUGAUUGAGUGGCCUUCUUGCCAAACAAGCCAUAUUAUAGAGACUGACGGAACCGUUUAGCAAAUAACCAGCUUCUCUGUGUCAGAUCCUGUAGCAAUUUCAACUUUAAUUGUGCAUUUUAGUUCUGUUUUCCUUAACUAAAUUCAAUUAUAUAGGUAUAUGUCUACAGCAGAUGACCUCAUUUUAUUUUAGCUUCUAAAAGAAGUCAGUUAGCAAAGCAAACUGAUUUUAAUAAAUAUUUAUCUCCCUCUCCCCUCAAAUUGUUCAAAUUCUAGAUUACACUUAAUUUUAAGCGUGAACCUCGAUUUUUAAAGAUCUCGUUAUUAUUGCUUAUUAGAGGCGCCCCACCUGAAUGCCCGCAAACGAGGGUUACUUCUGAAUGUUUUAUCAGCAUCUGUAAAAAUUUAAAAAGAAAAAAAAGAAAUGCAUUUUAUUUGCUAUAGUUUGUAAAGCUGUAAAGUUUAAAAAAAAAGGAAAAAGGAAAAAAAAAGAAAAACCUUUUCAGCAUAAAUAUAUUUUACUUGCACUGUGUUUUUUAGCAAAAGUGAAAGCUUAGAUUAAAUAAAAAAUCAAAGUUGAGAGGAAUCAUCAAAAAAAGACAGUUUCUCAGUGUGAAAAUCAAGUGUUGAAAAAUGGUUGGUGUAUUUUGUCAGUAAUUGUACAUAAUUUUUGGCACAUAACAUUAAAAAAUGGCUAUGUAAACUAUAAUUAUUUUGCUAAAAGACUGUAUGCAAGCUAUGGGCUUACUUUAAAGAUGUCCAGAGCAAAAGUCCCUUCUUUGUACCUAUUUUUUUAUUACAAAUAUACUAAUUGGUUCUUUAUAUUUUCAGAGGUUAUUGUAUUAAAUUGUCUAUUGAUAGUACUUUUAUGACUGUAAAUAUGUCGGCUUUCUUUGUGUGGACUCUCAUCUUAGAAUUUAAGGGCAGGAGCUACCUGGAAUGUUUCUUGUUUAAUUCCUAUUGAAUGGAGGUCUGCAUGGACUGGUGGCAUUCCUUUUGAUGGGGCUUGUCUAAGAAACGUUCUCAAGGUGGAUUGCACCUUAACUUUCUUUGUGUGCAAACUGAAUGCUGAUCAGUAUUUUUAUCAACACCCAACAAACUGUUACACCUUUUUAUUUUGUCUCUUAGGGGGAAAAAAUCCUGUCUUUCCAUUUUUUUUUCAUGUAAAUUUUGCACAGUUCCUUGUUCAUAUGUAAAUAUUUUACUUUCAAAAAUGAAGU